AUGGAUGGAGAGAAGAAGGAGGAGAAGGACGACGUCGACGACGACGAGGAGGAGGAGGAGCAGGGGGAUAAACAUGAAGGAUUUAUUAAUGUUUUCACAAAAAAUAUUUCACAUUCAAAUGAUUGGAAUCUAUAUAAAUUGAAAUCAACUUAUCCUUUAUUAUUAGAUCAUGUUAAUAGUAAUUCAUUAAUUGCAUCACAUUGUUCUACUUCAAUUCGACCACCUUUAUGGUUGAUUUAUAGUUUAAUACGACAUCCAUAUUUAUCUCAACGUGAAUGUGCUCUUACCGGUUACUGUGUUUGGUUACAUUUUGAAGCUAAUAAAUGGAUAAAAAAAUGUGAACAAUUAUCAACCAAUUUCAGUCAAUCUAUGUACUUUGAUUGGUCUAUUCCUGCAACAACAUUACAUCAUCAUGAUCAUCAUCCUACUGCUAAUACUACUAAAAAUACUACUAAUACUACACAAUUGCAUAGAAUUAUACCAUAUCAAUUAUCAAGAAUACCAAAUUGUCAUUCAGAUAUUGAUCUUAAGACUUAUUAUUCUAAUCGUCAUUUAUGUUCUAAAAAAUUAUUAAAUCGUUCAUUAGGUUUAAUUUUACAUGGAUUAGAAAAAUUUUCAUUCAUGAAUUCUAAUGAAAUAAUAAUAGUGAAUAAAUAUUUUAUGAAAACUAAUUGUUUAUUAGAAUCUUCUUCGCAUGAUGUAACUGGAUUUAUCUCUGAACCAACUUACAUUCAUCAUGCUCAUCAUCAGUGUCAUCAUCACCAUCCUAUUAUCUCUGUUGAAUUUGAAAAUAUUAUCAACCAUGCAAAUAAUAAUUCAAAUGUCAAUAAUGCGAGAUAUGAUCAAUUGCCAGCUAAUAAAAAUGCUACUACCACUACUGCUCCUAAUACUACCACUACUAUUAUUGCUACUACCACUGCUACUACUACCACUGCUACUACUACCACCACUACUACUGCUACUACCACUUCUACUACUACUACCACUACUACUGCUACUGCUACUACUACCACCACUACUACUACUACUACUACUACCAUCACUGCUAGUAACAAUAAUAAUAACCGUUGUAAUAAUCCUAAUUUUCAUAAAUAUUAUCUAUUAUCUACAUUUCCAGUGUUAUUUUCAACAUUGAUUGGUAGUUUCAUUGAUGCAUUAAUAAGCUGUAUUGUUAAAUUAAAAAUAAUUAAUCAUACAAAGUUAAAAUCUGAUCAGAAAGAUAAUAAAGAUGAUCAUCACAAAGGAAAUCAUUGUAGUUCUUCUACGGCUACUAUCAAUAAUGACGAUAAUGAUGCUGAUGAUGAAACCAGUACACCAGAGAUUGAUUUAUGUACUUACGGUUUAGAUGCUUUCAUUAUUUUAUUACAGGAUUCAGAUAAUUGUGUUCUUAGUUCGGCUAUCAAAUCUAAUUUAUUACCAGUAUUAUACAAUAUGGCUUGGUUAUUGGAAUUCGGUAUCCAUGAAGCUAAUUCAUUAUUACAUAUGCAUAAUAAUGAUUAUCAUAACACUAAUAGACCAAUGUCUAUUAUUCCAUCUCUCUUAAUGCCUAUUUUCACUAGUUUAAAUCGUUUAAUUGGUCGUGUAAUUAGUUGGAUGAUAAUGGAUGAAAAAUUCAGUAAUGAAUUAAUUCCUUCAUCUUGUCCUGUAUUUCAUUAUUCAUUGGAUACAUCAUUACGAUUUCAGUUGAUAAGAACUUUUCUACAAUAUUUAGUUUCAAUGAAACCUGAUUUAAAUAAUGAAGAUUAUGAUGGUUAUGUUGUAAAUUUGGAAUCAGAAGUACAGUUGAAUCCUGGACCAGUUAGUCGAUGUCUUGUUCGUCGAGUUUUACAUAGUCUUUUAGAAACUUCAGUUAGUCAGCUAGAUCGAAUUGGACAAGAACUUAACAAAUCAGUAGCCUUUAGUCAACAAAAUAUAGGUAAACAACAAGAAAAUGAUGUACAAACAACUACUGAAGAUGGGAAUGUUAAGUAUCUUUGUGAAAAUUUAAAAUUACAUUAUAAUCAUUUAGUAUGGAUAUUAAAUUGUACUGUAAAUGUACUGAUUUAUUCACCUUAUCGAGAUGAACAAAUGAUUAAUAUUCUGAAUCAGUUAAAUUCAAUGCCUGAAACAUCCAAGCAUAAAAAUACAACCAUUUCUCCAGUUCCUGUAAGAACACAACGUUUUCAUGUUGAUUUGGGGGAAGAGAUUGAUGUAGAUCAAAAUAUGAAUCAAGCUUGCACUACUCCUUCUACGCCUAAUCAACAUCAUCAUGAUCUUGGUGAUAGAAAACAAACUUCAUGUGAUCUGUCGAAAUAUUGUUUCCAUCAUGACAGCAACAAGAACUCUAGAUGUGAGGUAAUGAGAGAGAGACAUUUGUUAUUUUCAAAGCAUAAGAGUUUAUUUUUAUGCAUGCAUCAAAGUUUGGAACAAGCUAUUAUCACUUCAAUGUUUACUACAGCACAACAUAUUCAGAAUGGUAAUUUACUAAAAAUUCCAAAUAUUUCAAAUUAUAUAACAACGAAUGAUUUUAUGAAUUUAUACAAUAAAGCACUUGGUCGAAUUCUUGUUUCACGUAUACAAUUACCAGAAAUUGAUGUAACUGUCGAUUUCUUAGUUACCUAUUUAUUAAAACUAUUUAAUGAAGACUCUUAUUUGUUAAAUUCAUGUUUAGCAGCCCUGCCACCAAUGUAUUCCCCUACAUUUUGGAAUAAUUUAAUCACUAUAAAAUAUUGGUUACAUCAAAAUCAAUCAAUAUGGUUCACAUAUAUAUCAUCCAAUACAUUAGAUAUUCAUCAUAAUAUAAAUCAUAAUUUAUUAUUCAACUUAACAACUAAUAAUGAAAUGAAUAUCAUGUCUAAUUAUUAUAUAAAUCAACAAUUAACUCAAUUAUAUACAAUUAUUGAAAUGUUACUUAUCAAUAAUCAUAUUAUCAGUGAUAAAUCAAUACAAAAUUUACCAUCUAUAUUAUUAUCACCUUGGAUACAAGAGAAAUUCAAUCAUGUUACACCAUCUGAAUUGUAUACAUAUCAUGAUAUAAUUAAAAUUGAAUAUAAAAAACUUGGUGAACAAUGGAAAUUAUCACUGCCUGAUCUAAACAAAUUGAUACAUUUAAAACUAUCUACAAAUAAUAAAAGUGUAUCUAUGGUUCAUGAUAAAAAGUCAAUACUUGUUCAAUUGAUACAAAUGUUUUGGCCAAAAUCAACUAAUAGCAAAUUAACAAAUAAUGAAAAUCUCUUUUCAUCAUUGAAUGCUUCAUCGAAAAAAUAUUUACCAAGAAAAUUUCCUAUUACACAAUUGUGUAAUCAAGCACGUAAACAAUGCGUUGAUGGUCAUAAUGCAUGGUUAGAUGCUUAUAGUGAACGUAAACGUAUUGUAGGCCCAUUAGGUACUGUACUUUGGGCUCGUGUAGCUGAGCAUUUAAGUCAUAGCAGAGGAUUAUUUUAUCAUUCGGAAUCUACUCCAUUUGGUUGGUGUGUUGAUCCUGUAGAAGAUUCAUUACGUCAACAUGGUCGAUUUUAUUAUACACAUUUACCAAUGGCUGAACGUUUAAUACAUACAACUUCACGAUCGAAUCUAUUAUCCGCGCGUCAAUCACAUCCACUUGCCUCGUUAAUUGGUUUACCAUCAAUCAUGAAUCAUUCUCCACCUGUAAUUGGUGCAGCUUGUACAUGGCAUAAUUUACCAUUAUGUUCACCAUUAUCAUCUAUUCCAUUAAUACAAUUAGCAUCAGCUAGCCGAUAUCAUAUUCAAGCUGUUUGGGCAUGUCGUUUAGUUGGUAUUCUACAUAUUCCACCUAUUGAAGGCGAUUUAAUACUUGGUCAAACAUGGUUAAGAUUUCAACCUGAUCCAUUAAUGAAUAGAAAUUUAUUGAUGAAUGAUGAUUGUAAUAAUAAUGACAGUAAGAAUGUACAAUUUAUUGAGAUUGAAUCAUUGUAUCCUUAUCAAAGUCCUUCUAAUCGAUUAUGGUUUGCAUGGUCUUUCAAAUCAAUUCAUCAUAUUGAAGCACGUCGAUAUUCAUUACGUGAUAUUGCAGUGGAAAUAUUUCCUGAUGAAACAGAUGUGAAUGCACCAAUGCUUUUUGCUAUGUAUUCUUCUAAAGACAGGGAUAAUUUUAUUGAAACUAUCACUCCUUUAAUUGGUCAUCAUUCAUGUUAUUGUAUUCAUCAUUAUCAUAAUCCAUUAUUAGUGAAUACCGAUGAACAAUCUGCCAUAGCUAAUCCUCUCCCAUCGAUUCAUCAUCAUCAUCAUUGUACUUUUAAACAAUUAAAAAAAUGUAAAUUACAGAAUGUACAACAAGCAUGGUUAAAUGGUGAAUUAUCAAAUUUUGAUUAUUUAAUGAAAUUAAACACAACUGCUGGUCGAAGUUAUAAUGAUUUAAUGCAAUAUCCUAUAUUUCCAUGGAUUAUACGUGAUUAUGAAAGUCUUGUGUUAGACUUAACCCAACCAACUUCAUUUCGACGAUUAGAUCGUCCAAUAGCUGUACAAGAAGACGAUAGAGCUGAAGCUGUAGCAGCACGAUUCAAUGAAGCUGAAUUACUAUCCAAAACAUCAUCUACAUCACAUCCAGAAGCAUCGGGAAUAAAAUCAAAAACGUCUACUUUAUCGAAUUUAAGUAGUGUUUGUCCACCAUAUCAUUAUCCAGCGCAUUGUUCAAAUGAAGCAAUUGUGUUACAUUUUCUUGUUCGUUUACCGCCAUACACUUUUCGUCAUUUACGUUUUCAAGAUAAUAAUUUCGAUGUACCCGAUCGUUUAUUUCAUUCAAUUGCAACAACAUGGCGUUUAGCUACUACUUCUGUUUCAUGUGUUAAAGAAUUAGUACCAGAAUUUUAUUUUCAACCAGAAAUGUUUAUUAAUCGAAGUGGAUUGAAAUUAGGCUGUCGACAACCAGGUGAUAGUGUAGAUAAUGUUGAAUUACCACCUUGGUGUAAAAAUGAUCCACGUUUAUUCACAUUAAUUUGUCGUGCUGCAUUAGAAAGUGAUUAUGUAUCAAUGAAUUUAUCAUAUUGGAUUGAUUUAUUAUUUGGUUAUAAACAAUCUGGACAAAAUGCUAAAGAUUCCUUGAAUCUAUAUCAUCCAUAUACAUAUUUUGGCUCAAUCAAUGUAGAUACAAUAGACGAUCCUAUUUUAGCACAAGCUAUUGAAGGUAUGAUUAAUAAUUAUGGUCAAACACCGAAACAAUUAUUUCACAAACAUCCUCAUCCAUGUCGUAAAUUGCCGAUUUCUAAUGAAGCCAGACUGAAUAUGACGUCAAAAUUUAAAAGUAAAUCCACUGGUACAAUGUAUAAUAUGACGAGUCAAGAGGACGUUGGAGAUAGACGUUCUUCUACACCCGCAUUAUUUAACUGUAAUAAUAUCAGUGAUGACGAUAAGAAUUCAUUACAAGCGUCAACGUUUUCUGUGAGUGAAAAACAAUACUCAUCAGUUAAACUGGAUAACACACCGUUAGAAACUGUGAUUGGAUUAAAAUGGGGUGAAUGGGCAGGUAGUCCACAGGUGAACUCUUUUGAAAUAAUUUGGAAGAAACAGUUCAUCAAUACAAAGUCAUCAGUAUCGAGAAGUACAAAGAAUUCACUGGAACAUUUCGAAAUAUUAAAAAUACCAUUUCUUAGUCAUUUAACCGGUUCUAUAUGGUGUGAAUUCAAUACGAAAGAUACUCAUUUACUUCAUCGUAUGAAUCAACUUAACAGUAUCUCUUCAAUAAAUAAUGAUAAAUUAUAUCAUUCUUGGAAUGGUUGGGUUGAUUUCAACAUUGAUCAUGCAAUUGAUGAAUGUUUCCUGUCAUCAUCCUCAUCAUCUCAUUCUACAGAAAUUUCAUCAUCAUCGUUCACAACAGAUGUUCAUCCUGAUUGUUCAUGGUAUUGGAAAAUUCUUCACUGUGAAUCAAAUGCAUGUAUAUGGGUAUCGUUAUUAUUAGAUAUUAGUAGUUUACAAGAUCAAUUGUAUCCUGUACCACAUUUAAUAAAAUUGAAACCAUCUUUACUAGACAGUAGAACUUUAAAUAUUUUUAUAAAACGUUUACCCAAAGGAUCACAUAGUACUUGUAAUGCUUCUUCUAAUUAUCCUUAUGAUGAACCUUUUGGAACUACUGAUUCCUCUCCAUCAGAACUACAUCGUCUUCAUCAUCAUCAUCAUCAUCAACAUAAUGAUGAGAUAAACUUACAAUUACCAUAUUCAAAUCCUCUUCCAUUAGAUACUGGAAAAUCUUUAAUUACUUCAUUAACUAUUUCACCUAGUUCAAGUCAUGGUAUUCAAUUAUUUGUUGGUACCUGUUUUGGAUCAAUUUAUGUAAGACAAUUGCCUACAAAUUUAUAUGAUAUUUCAUCCAUUGACAGUUGGUUACCACAAGAUUAUCAAGGAGAAUCAUCGUUAAAUGAAAAUAAACUAAAUUGUACAGCAAAUAUUCAUAAACGAUCAAGAAAAGAAUCAACAAAACGAAGCAUGAAACAUUCAAAACUGACUAUUACUACUACUACUACUACUACCCCGAUGAAUCCUACUCAAACUCUUAAUCAUUCUAUUCAUGAUGAGAAUAAUAAUAAUAAUAAUAAAGAAACCGCUGGUUUAUGGGAAAUUACCGGUUGGAAACAAUUAUAUGGUCAUGCUGGACAUGAAAUCACUAUUUUAGUAAUUAAUCGUAAUAAUAGUUUAGUUGCUAGUGGUGAUAAUCAAGGUUAUGUAUGUUUAUGGGAUAGAUAUCGUUUAACAUUAAUAAAAACAAUUAAUACUAAUGUUAUUAAUGAUCAUGAUUAUCAACAAAAUGAAUUCGGUGAUAGUUUAAAUAGUAGUCAAAGUCAUAGUAUCACUACUACUACUACUAAUACCGGUCAGGAUUACCAUAAUAUUAAUGAUUUGAAACAACCCCGUAGACGAUAUUCCUCUAAUCAUCUUACUGUGGAGAAUUCCAUACAUAAAAGUAAUGAAGAUAUACAAAUGAAGAAAAAGAAGACUAUUUUAAGUAGUAGUAGUAGUAGUAGCAGUAGUACUUCAAAAGCUGAUUUUAUAAAUAUCAAUGAUGAUUCAGUAUUAUUGAAUAAUUUUAAACGUAUUGAUGGAAUAUGCUUCAAUUUGACAUCCGGUGAAUUAGUUGUAGCCAAAUGGAAUCAUCCUAAUUUUAAUGUCUGUUGGCUUGGUUUAUAUUCUUGUUCUGGAGUUUGGAUAGCUAAUCGUAUUUUAGAUUUUCUAGCUGAAAUCAAUGAUCCAUUAAUAGAUUCACCUUUAUUACAAAUCUAUGAUGAUAAUUAUCAUCCUUUAGUUCCUAUGGCAUUUUCAACUGUGUCUGAAGGUCGAGGUGUGAAUUGUUUAUUAGUUGGUGGUCCAGGUGGUCGAUUAGUUUGGUUGAAUUCAUGGACAUUGGAUACAAUACGAACAUAUAUGCUCCCAGAUAAUGAUGAAAAUGCACGUAUAACAUCAGUUUGCUUCGGACCAUUGUUGAAUACUACUACUACUACUACUACUACUACUACUAAUAAUAAUAAUAAUAAUAAUAAUAAUAAUAAUAAUAAUAAUGUGAAUUAUCAUACAAAUUCAAAAGAUUUAGGUGAAAUUUUAUGUCAAGGUUUAUAUGUAACUGUUCAAACAGGUUGUUUAUAUCAUUUUGGUCCUAAAUCUACUAUACAAACAUGUCCUACUAUAGAUCAAUUAAAUAAUGAUAACUAUUCAUCUUAUUCAACUAAUGAGCUGCAUAAACAUUCUAUUGUACAUUGGUUAGAUACAUAAUGACUAUGUAUUUAUUUUUAUAUGAUUGUUGUUUAGAAUGAUUUUAAAGAUUUUUAAUUUAACGGACUUCAUUUUUAUUUGUAAAUUUUUUCUCUUUGAUAAAUACAUAUACGUUCUAUUGUAUCAUCUUGUUCGUUCUUUGUUAACUUCUAAUCUUAGCCAUAUUGAUAGAUUCCGACUACUUGGUUGGGGUCCACGUGACUAUCGUAACCGAUGGUUGAAGAUUGUGGAUAACAUGGUGUAUACACUAUCUGUCUUCCCUUAAACGAUAAGAUUAAAAUCGCUUCAUAUCUUU